AUGGCCGGUUAUUUACACGUCUAUGAGUCGGUCGGUGUUUCUCUGGGCGCGAGGUGGGCGGGGCCCGUCAAUCAGGUACACAGCCCCCCCCGACAGCUACCCCCGACAGCUAGUUUACCCCCACAGGUAGUCACCCGACAGAGAUUACCGCGACAGCUAGUUACCCCCGACAGCCCCGACAGAGUUACCCCCGAGCCCCGACAGCUAGUUACCCACCGACAACCCCCGACAGGUAGUUCACCCCCGACAGGUAGAUUUACCCCGACAGCUAGUCCCGACAGCCCCCGACAGCUAGUUACCCCCGACAGGCUAGUUACCCCGACAGGUAGUACCCCGUUUACCCCGACAGUCACCCUUAGCUUACCCCCGACAGGAGUCACCCCCGUGGUAGUCACCCGACAGGUAGUUACCCCGACAACUAGAUUACCUCCGACAGGUCAAGUUACCCCGACAGCUAGUCACCCCCGACAGGUAGUUACCACAGGUCCCCGACAGUACAGGGUAGUCACCCCCACUAGCGGAGAUCCCGACCAAGUCCUCCAAACCAAACCGGCAUCCAGACGACCUCCUCGCCCCGACCUCCCGCCGUGCAAUUACCAAUCAACAGCAUAUUGUGAGCAACAAACUACAUUCGGAGAUAACUGA